ACGACGGAGCCGUGUCUGAAUUCCACGUCUUCCGAAACUACCACAGAAACCUGUGAGACUACCACGGAGCCAUGUCUGAAUUCCACGAAUUCAGAAACUACCACGGAGCAAUGUGAAACCACGACGGAGCCAUGUCUGAAUUUCACGUCAUCAAAAACGACGAAUGAGCCAUGUGAGACCACGACGGAGCCAUGUGAGACCACGACGGAGCCAUGUGAGACUACCACGGAGCCAUGUCUGAAUUCCACGUCUUCGGAAACGACGAAUGAGCCAU